GGAAGGAGGGACCGAGAGGGCGCCGUGGUUCUCGGACACAGCCGCCGAGGCAGCGCGGUCAGAAAACUUUCACCUCAACUAGUUUCCCGUCGUCGGGAACUCGCGGCGGAGGAAGAAGAGGCCGAGAGACUCGACUUGUUCUGCGACUCACGAGCGACUUCGUGCGGAAUCCACCGGGUUCGAGGAACUUUAGCCACCGUCCUGCUAAGUGAGCUAAAGCGGAGAGAGCAUGAAAACACCCGGAGACUCCGGGAUUGCCUUCCCAGAAUGGGCCUACAAGCCAGAGUCGAGCCCUGGGUCCCGGCAGAUCCAGCUGUGGCACUUCAUCCUGGAGCUGCUCCGGAAGGAGGAGUAUCACGAUGUCAUCGCCUGGCAGGGGGACUACGGCGAGUUUGUCAUCAAGGACCCGGAUGAGGUGGCCCGACUGUGGGGCGCCAGGAAGUGCAAACCCCAAAUGAACUACGAUAAACUGAGCAGGGCUCUGAGAUACUACUACAACAAGAGGAUUCUUCAUAAGACUAAAGGCAAGAGGUUCACCUACAAGUUCAACUUCAAUAAGCUGGUUUUAGUCAACUACCCCUUCAUCGACAUGGGCUCCACUGGAAGCAAUGUUCCUCAGAGCGCGCCUCCUGUCCCCACCGGUGCAGGGAGCCACUUCCGCUUUCCUCCUUCAACACCUUCUGAUGUCCUCUCCCCCAAUGAGGACCUGCGCAGCCCCGGCGGCAUGUUCAGCUCGGUGGCCCGACGAAUGGCACGAGGCUCAGUCAGCGACUGCAGCGACGGCACCUCGGUCAACUCUGAGAUUGAGGACGGCAACACAGGAGCUGGUGAGGAGAGAGGAGAGAGGGUAGUGAGCGGAGGAGGAGGAGGAGGAGGACCUGGUAUAGGAAUAGGCUACCGGAGUAUGAUCCAUCCUCGUCUGUCUCAUGAGACCCUCUUCCGGAUGUACGGAGGAGGCAACCCGGCCGGCCACCCAGGCUCCCGUGGCCACACCGGGCACCGGAUGCACCAAGAGCCCCUGUCCCCCUUCCCUGUGUCCCCUCUGCCAGGGCCAGGAGGAAGCGGCCUCCUGGCCCCUCCUCUGUCCCCUGCACUCUCCAUGACCCCCGGAUCUCACCUGCCCUACACUCCUUCACCCACCUUGUCCCCCAUGUUAGGCUCCCACUUCUCCUUCAAUCCAGAGGACAUGAAGCGCUACUUGCAGGCCCACACCCAGUCAGUGUACAACUACGGCCUCAGCCCCAGAGCUUUCCUCCAGUACCCAAACAUCAUUAUCCCACAUCCCCACCGACCCACCGCCGACAAGUCUGGUCUGAGUGGAGAAAGAGGCGCGGCAGAGAGAGCCGAAAGAGCAGCGACAGCAGGCGGAGGAGAGAGGGGAGGAGAGCGGCACCACCAUCCAUCUCUGGGUCACUCCACCCACCACCACCAACACCCUCACUCUGCUCACCCUCACCCUCACCCCCAUUCCCAUCCCAUGCAUCACCCGCUCCAUCUGGGUGAGGAGCCUCAACACAUGUCCCCCUUCAAGUUCAAGCUGCAGCCACCGCCACCUGGCAGGAAGCAGAAGGACACUCAAAUCCACAGCAAACACAGGCAGAGCUCGCUGUCCUCAGGAUCCGGGUCCAUGACGUCUUCGGGUCUGGGGUCCUCGCUGUCGUUUGGCAGUGACAUGAGCUCAGCCAGCGGCUCAGGCCUCAUCUCGGCCUCCUCUUCAACACAGUCUCUAAACAGCGCCGGACUUCCCAAGAUUAAGGUGGAGCCAAUCUCUGAUAUAGAGUCAGAGGAAGAGGUGGAGGUGACCGACAUUAGUGAUGAGGACCCAGAUGAAAGAGAUGAAGAGUUCUUCUCCUCUCGCCACUCAAGAGCCUCUGACCACCGCAACCACCACCACCACCUUGCUAACGGCACAGCCGCACCCCAACAUCAGCACCACCAUGAUGAGGACCUGGACGAGGAUGUCUUCAAAGCCCCUGCUCCGCCUCCACCUGGCCUGAUGCCCUUCUUCACCUCGCAGCACACACACUCCACCCAUCGUGUGGUGCCUACCCUCAAGACUGAGCCCGUCGAGCCAGUGGAGAGCAGCACGCCUCCACCUCAGAUGAGCCCAUCUCCCCAGACCAAGUGCAUCCCCCUGAAGCUGCGCUUCAAAAGGCGCUGGAGCGAGGACCAGCGUAUGGAGGCCUCACUGGAAGAGUCGGAUGAUAAGAAAGUCCGACCAGAGGAAGAGAGGGAAAGAGAGAGGCAAAGUAAUGGACGGAUGGCGAUGGAGGAGGACAGGACAGUGAGCGGAGAGGGGGACAGUCCUCCCCCACUGGUGUACGAGGGCUCUUUAGCCACACCGCUGGCCUCACACAGGAGGGUGAGCGCAGAGCUGCAUCGGGCCACUGCACAGCUGUCGCUGGAGAACAAAGACUGCUGAUGAGAAUCCCAGCGUUAACACUACUGUCCCAGUAGCACAGGAGUAUGUAAAUGGUUCCUCUGUAAUCCCUCUCCCCUACUGACAAACUAGAUUCCUGAGCAGAGUUUGACCGACACACACAUUCAAAACCAACUCCUCUGGGACCGAACCUUUGGGAGGAGGGACUCGCUCAUACUCCAUCCCAGGCACGGUGACUGUAAGAGGGCUGAAAUCAGAAGGCUGCUGCCUCGUGAUACCUGGCCUCCAGUUCACCUCCCACCUGGCCAAUGAAGCUCCAGAUGCCCUGUCCCAGUAGCACGGCUCCUGCCUUCAGAUCCCGACCAGUAGGAUCAGCAGCCAGUCACGACUUCACUCAGGACACACACACACACACACUCCCUUACAGCCCAGCAACACAAACUCACACACACGCCUCCCAUGAAACUUUUCCUUCAAGACAACAGGACUCUGACAAGUGCCUGUAUCUAAAACCCACCGCCCUGGAAUGACGUGGAAGAGAGCAAAGAUGGGAGAGUGUGGCGGAGGAGUCUUUGAGUCUGCCCGAUCUCAAGGACAAAAAGAAAAAGUGUGUGUGUGCACGUGUACGACUGAAGAGCAGGGCUGUUGGUGUUGUCUGACUGACUCUUAAACCUGACCCACUCCACUCAGGGAAGCCUAUUGAUGUAUGUUUAUUUGAUUUAUGCACACACUCUGGAAAAAAAAAAAAAGCAAAAAAAAAACAGCCAACGGUGAAUGGGACUUGGGGACUAUGGACACUCAACGGUGUUCCCAUCAAAGCAAGACCAUAAGAACUCACAGACACACACACACACACACACUUUGAAUCUCUGGCACACUGCUCUCUCGGAGAUUAUGACUUUUGUACAUCCUUCUUUCUGUCUCUCUCCCGUCCUGCCCCUCUUUCUCUUGCGGACCACCUGCGGAAACAUCACGAGUCCUCUCACAGAAAAUGACAGACGAUGGAAAAGGAGGCGAGACGCCGGUGGGGGGUGCGGUUGGGGGGGCACAAGGGGGACGAAGGCAGCAGUGGGGGAGGACGGAUUUUGCGAGGGGGUCCCAAUAACUUUGAACUAACCUUCUUCACCUCACCUAACAUGGCGUGUACACUGAAAACGGUUUCCCUCAGUCACCAGCUAAAGCUCCUCUAACAAUCAUAGUGUUAAAAGAAACCAGCAACACACACACACACACAUACACACACACAUGGCCUGCACUGCCUUUAGCUCUUAAACAUGCUCCCGCUCUCUAUGUCUGGACCUCCAGCACCUCCUUGUAGUUGCGCCAUCCUCAGGUCCACACAACCACACACACACACACACACACACACACACA